UUGCAUUCACAGAGAGUUGAAUGCAAGAAACAAUUAAGGGAUGGUAGUAGGUUAAGAGUCACUAUAAAGGGGAGCCUAUCCUCCAUCACCCUUAACACAACUCCUCCUCUACCUCUUAAACUCCAAUACCCUCCCUGUUUUUCUUACAAUGGCAGAACCGGACAACACUAGCAACUCCUCCUCAACAAACUCCAAGACUACUCAAGAGUUAACCAGAGGAACCAAAAGAGCUAGGGACUCGAGCAAGCAUCCGGAAUACAGGGGAGUCAGGAAACGAAGUUGGGGCAGAUGGGUCUCUGAAAUUCGCGAGCCCCGCAAGAAAUCACGGAUUUGGUUAGGCACAUUCCCUACGGCAGAGAUGGCUGCCCGCGCCCAUGACGUGGCAGCUCUAACCAUUAAAGGCGAUUCGGCAAUACUGAAUUUCCCUGACCUUGUCCAGUUACUGCCCCGACCGGUCUCGUCAAUGCCUCGCGACAUUCAGUCUGCUGCCGCUAAAGCAGCUGCCAUGGUCAAUUUCGAUUCAGGGUCAUCAUCAUCCUCUGCUUCUUCCUCCUCAUCGGACUCAUCAGCAUCAGAGGCAUCAUCGUCACCGUUGAUUGGUGAUAGUGUAUCGGCAGAAUCAGAAGAACUGAGUGAAAUUGUGGAGUUACCCAAUAUUGAAGAGAGUAUUAUUGAGUCUUGGAGUGGUGAUUUUUUACUCGUUGACUCGCUUGAUGGUUGGGUAUAUGAAUAUGAAUAUCCAUCGCUGGAGUUCUGUGGAGAAUUCUGUGAUCAUGAAUUAGAAACAGAGAGCUUGUUUUCUGGGUAAUUUUUCAUUCCAUGUAGUAAUGGGAUUUGUAGUAUACCAAAGUUGUGUCACUGUAACAUAAUCAAACAUUCAUACAUUUGUAUAAUAAGUUUGCUUUUAUAAAAAAAAAAUUCACUUAAUUCUGCAUA